AUGUCCAAAAUGUUUCAUACCAUUGCUGAUCUCUCCGAUCUUGAUGCCAUUACUAAAUCAAAUAAAGAACGUCUACGUCUACUUAACAUUCUUCCCAAAGAAUAAAAAGUUGAAAUGGAAGUUUAAACAGAUAAAAUCCUAUAAAUUCUACCUAAACAAGAUUCACUUAAACUACUCAACCAAAGCAUUGAUUAAUACAUUCAAUAAGUUGAUUAAUACAACUAAGAACAUUAAUAAAAUCUUGAAGAACUUAUUAAUAAAAUUAAAGCUACUGUUAGAAGAGUUUUAAAUUAAGAAGCAUAUGUAUAUGGAUCCUUUGCAACUUAACUCUCAUUACCUAAUAGUGAUAUUGAUAUUGUAAUCAUGACUACUUAACAAUUGUAUAUUGUUGAUCAAAUGAAAAAAUUAGAAAUGGAAUUUUCAAAAACUAAAUUCAUUGAAGAAACUAAAUGUAUUCUAUUUACUGCUAUUCCUGUCCUUAAAUUAAAGUCUAUUAACUAUUAUUUUAAUAAAAGAAUUGAUAUUUCCUUUCAAGAACCUAGACAUAAUGGUAUUCAAUGUGUUUCAUUAAUUAAAUCAUACCUCAACUAUUUACCAGAAUUAAGACCUUUGACUAUGGUUUUAAAAUAAUUUCUAUCUUAAUCAUCACUUCUAGAUCCAUAUCAAGGAGGGUUAAGUAGUUAUGGUUUAAAUUUAAUGAUUGUUUCCUUUUUACAAUCUCGUACUGGACAACAACUUUCUUUAGCAUAAUGUUUAAUUGAAUUCUUAUAUUUAUAUGGAUGUGAAAUGGAUUAUAUUGCUAAGACCAUUUAUGUAUUCCCACCUGAUUAACAAGUAUCUGCUUAUCCUAUUUAUUUCAAUCCAUAAAAUGCAACCAAUCAAAUCCCUACACUUUUAAUAUAAGACCCUCUAAAUGAAAAACAUAAUGUUGGAAGACCUACUUAUAAUAUCUAAGCUAUUAAAUUUAUUUUUGCUGUAGGAUUUAUGAAAGCUUUAAAUUAUUAAUCAGGUCAAAUUGAUGAUUUCUUGACUUGUGGAAAGGAUGUUCAAUUAAAAUUAGAGUCUCAUAUCCAUAAUUUCUAUUAAUAAUGA